GUCGCGGCGGACGUCGUUUCCGUAGCAGCAUGGCGGCCACGGAGGAAGAGCGGCCGGCUGGGAGUGGAGAGGGAGAGCGGCUGGAUUUUCUACGGGACCGGCACGUGCGGUUCUUCCAGCGCUGCCUCCAGGUCUUGCCGGAGCGCUACUCUUCGCUCGAGACCAGCAGAUUGACUAUUGCAUUUUUUGCGCUCUCCGGGCUGGAUAUGUUGGACUCCUUAGAUGUGGUGAACAAGGAUGAUAUAAUCGAGUGGAUUUACUCCCUGCAGGUCCUUCCCACAGAAGACAGAUCAAAUCUAAAUCGCUGUGGUUUCCGAGGCUCUUCAUACCUGGGUAUUCCAUUCAAUCCAUCAAAGAAUCCUGGAACAGCUCAUCCUUAUGAUAGUGGCCACAUAGCAAUGACCUACACUGGCCUUUCAUGCUUAGUUAUUCUUGGAGAUGACCUAAGCCGAGUAAAUAAAGAAGCAUGCUUAGCAGGCUUGAGAGCCCUUCAGCUAGAAGAUGGAAGUUUUUGUGCAGUACCUGAAGGCAGUGAAAAUGACAUGCGAUUUGUAUACUGUGCUUCCUGUAUUUGCUAUAUGCUCAACAACUGGUCUGGCAUGGAUAUGAAAAAAGCCAUCAACUAUAUUAGAAGAAGUAUGUCCUAUGACAAUGGGUUGGCACAGGGAGCUGGACUUGAAUCUCAUGGAGGAUCAACUUUUUGUGGCAUUGCAUCACUGUGCCUGAUGGGUAAACUAGAAGAAGUUUUUUCAGAAAAAGAAUUGAACAGGAUAAAGAGGUGGUGUAUAAUGAGACAACAAAAUGGUUAUCAUGGAAGACCUAAUAAGCCUGUCGACACCUGUUAUUCUUUUUGGGUGGGAGCAACUCUAAAGCUUCUGAAAAUUUUCCAGUAUACUAACUUCGAGAAAAAUAGAAAUUAUAUCUUAUCAACUCAAGAUCGCCUCGUAGGGGGAUUUGCCAAGUGGCCAGAUAGUCAUCCAGAUGCUUUGCAUGCAUACUUUGGAAUUUGUGGCCUGUCACUAAUGGAGGAAAGUGGCAUUUGUAAAGUUCAUCCUGCCCUGAACGUAAGCACACGGACUUCUGAGCGCCUUCGAGAUCUCCAUCAGAGCUGGAAAACCAAGGACUCUAAACAGUGCUCAGAGAAUGUACACAUCUCCACAUGACUAACUUUAGAUUGGGAGGGUGGGGGGAUUUGUAGCCUAACUGUAGCUCAAGGUUAAAAGCCAUGUAUAACCAAGUGUGCUCUUUUUUUUAAGAGGUAGAGUCUUACAAUCGAAUCUUGUGCUGAUGUCACUUUGGUAUAUGGUCUUGAGCCAGUAACCUUCGUACUAGGUUUCAAGGAAAUCUUUGUUGAAGUUUGAACCACAGUGGACUCUGUUGUGGUUCUUAAAUGUUUAUAUACUGUAUUUCUAAGUUCUCUGAGGCAAACUAACUGUAUGUAUGAAGGUUAUCUUUUUAAAAAGCUCUUCAGUACAAAAUUGUAUCAUAAAUACAAAUCUUCAAAAGAAGUUUACAGUUCACAUAGCAUUGAUAAUCUUCAGGUGAACACUUAGUGAUCAUUUAAAAAGCUUGACUGCUGAUGGUAGAACAUUGCUUUAAUGAAUUAAGUAUCUGGGAUUAUUCUUUGAAAACAGAUGAUCCCAUAAUUUUUAAAAAGAAGACUUAUUUUGACUUAAGUAAAAUGUGCCAAUUAAACUUUUGUGGCCUAUACAAAUGAAAUUAACUUCAUAGCAAGAAUGAAUAGGCUUAACUAAUACAAUAAUUUUCUAAAGGGAGAUUGUUUUAAGAAGACUAUUAUGUAACUGAGGGACAAGUAAUAUAACUGUAUGUGAUUGUGAAUGGGGAAGUUUUGUGCUGUGCGGGUCAUUUAUUUUAGAUGUUGCUGGCGUAAAUAACAGUUAUGUUUGAUGUUAAUCUCAAAUCAUUAGCUCCUUUUUUUUCCUUUCUGCAGAGAAAACAGUCUUAUCUAGAAGGAAAGCCAUUUAAUGGUUUUGUUUCUUUUUCUGAGAUAUGUGAUACUGGAAAUUAUACUUGUACUUUUAUAACUGAGUUAUUUUUAGCCAUUUGGAUUCUUAUUUUUAGUUUGUUGCCCCAGUGUGUUAGCUGCUCAAAUUUCAAACUGAUGAUUUUCUAAUUUUUUCAAAUGAAAUGAGUAAACAUUUAAGUAAAAAAAAUAGCACCACUCAAGUAAAGUUAAUGGUGUAGCUCCAUACACGGUCAUUCAUAUUUUUGUAUUUUCAGGUAAGUGGGAAGGAAAUGUACCAUUUAGGGGUUAAGGACUGGGGUUUUGCUUUUCUUUGUUUUGUUUUCUUCAUUCUGUGACCUAGCUAAUUGUAAAGGAAUUAGUAUAAAAACUCAUUUUUAUUAGUAAUCAAUUUAUCAAUAAAUACAUCUGUCACUGUU